AUGUUUCAGUCUUUGCGCUUUCUUUGCUUUUCUUCUUACAAGGGUUCUGAGACCCUUGAUUCUACUGGAGACGAUGCACAAAGUAUACCUCGCCUGAGAUCAAUUCGUAGGGCAAGUUAUUAUGCUCGCGUUCCUCGCCAAGUCCUGAUCAGUACACUUCUUCGAGAGAACAGUGUAUCUCGGUCAGCUCCUCUAUCGACUGGUACCGCUAGCACCUACUCUUCAUCUUUCGUAUCCGAUACGGAGUCCAAUGUCACCAGCAGCUCUGCAACCAGUGAGAGCCCCUCCUUACCACCCGAAGCGCUUGCCAAAUCGACUGGCACCAUACCUUCUCUGGAUAGUGACACACCGUAUGUUUCGAUCCUGCAGGUAGAUGGCACACUAAGACCGCCACAAAUCACAUUUGAUGGCUACGGCCCAUAUGGUGGCCGGUUUGCACCAGAAUCUCUCAUAGACUUCCUCAACAAUCUGACCUCAUUCUUCGAGGCCACUAUCUCAGACCCCUCUUUUUGGUCCGAGUAUGCCACGUACCAGCGGGCCGAACCCACUCCGCUGCAGAUUGCAAGCAAGCUCACAUCCUUAGCUGGAGGCGCCACUAUCUGGCUAAAGCGAGAGGAUCAGAGCGAAUACGGCAGUCAUAAGUCACGGAAUAUCCUCGGUCAGCUACUACUAGCCCGCCGCAUGGGCUUCACAGAGGUAGUCACCGACUGUGCCGCAGCCAAACAUGGUAAGUUUACAGCGUCGAUGUGCGCACGCCUAGGUAUGCGCUGCGUCGUUAUUAUAGGCGCAGCGGAUGCACUUGCGCAGGAAGAGGACGUCCUUAAGAUGAAGAUACUGGGAGCUAGGGUCCUGACCGCACGGACCCCUUCAGGAAUAGGUUCCCUACGCGCUGCAAUCACAGAAGCACUCCGUUAUUCGGUUUGUAACUACGAGUCUGCGUACUACCUGAUGGGAGGCCCGAUGGGGCCAAGUCCCCUACCUACUCUCUCACGCACGUUCCAGGCUCUCCUUGGCGAGGAGGUGGCGAUCCAGAUGCAUAAGGCGGCCGGUUGUCAACCAGAUGCUAUCGUCACUGCAGUUGGUAGCGGGAGCGGCGCUGUUGGAUUGUUUAGGCCUUUCCUCACGAACCCUACAAUUCGAUUAAUUGGCGUCGAAGCCACUGGGGCGGCCGCUCUAGAUAACGGGGAAAUGGGCGUGCUCCAGGGCGCAAGAACUUUAAUACUCCAGAAUUGGGACGGGCAAGUCCUUGACUCACACUCAAUUUCGCCAGAUCUCAAUCUCUCGACUGUCGGGCCCGAGAUGGCUCAUUGGAAGGAAUGUGGUCGUAUUCAAAUUAAGACCGCUACAGAUGCGGAUGCCCUGGAUGGGUUUAAAACAAUGCGAUACCACGAGGGCAUUCUGCCUGGGCUGGACUCGAGUCACGCGGUGUGUACAGCCAUCGAUCUGGCAAAAGAACUUGGACCAGGCAAAAAUGUUAUUUUGUUGGUGACAGGCUGUGAUGCUAUUGGUCUUGGGUUGGAAGUCUGA